AUAGAUGUCGCUUUAUAACGCGUCGAUAAUUACCAACACAGUAGUUGAAAACUACAUUAUCGACAUAUAUAUAUAUAUAUACUUGCAUACGUAAUGCAACGCACUCUAUAUUACGUAUACAGAAACUUAAAAUUACUAAAAAGAAUAAAUGUCGUAUUGCGUUUAUUAAAACGAUUGUUCGAUUUAAUUUUGCAAAAUGUAUAUAUUCACUCGAUAAAAACGAAAAGUCGAAAUUUACUAAUAUCUAAAAUCGAGCGAUUAUUUGUGGAAAUAAAAUUAAGUGGGCAAAGUUUUAAUUUCAUGUUUUUUCGAUAAUAUUUUUUGGAAAUUUAAGAAUCAGUUUAAAAAUAAAAAUGGCUAGCAUUCGUUAAAUACGCAUAUCGACAAAUUUCGAUGCCUGGUAAUUAACUAUGUUUGCUUCAUACAGAAAUUCUGAUUUUCAGGUCACCUCUAUUAAAGAAAAGUAGUUAUCUAAGGCGGUCACAUUUGCCUAUAUAUAAGGUGAAUUGAUCCAAAGUAGUCAACUUGUAUAAAAAAAAAAAAGAGAGAGAAAGAAAAAGAAAAAAAAAGAAAAAGAUGUUUAAGCUUCACUUUCACGACUGUGGUUUUAUUAUCCUCAAGACAACACGACGGAGUUAACUAAUAAAGAUGACGCAUCAGAAUUAUUUCGAAAGAUCAUCAUUUUUGAAUUUUUUCUUCAGGAUCAUCAAUGUCCUCAUUUUGAAAUGGAAUGUAUAUGAAAUCUUAGAAUAAGACGGAACUCUUAUAUUCUAGAGCUCGUAUUACGAAAGAAUCGUCGUUAAUAAAUCGUAUCAAUAUAUACGAUAUCUUACACAGAAUUUCAAAUUACGUUUUAAUUACUUAAAGAAAUUUUGUCUAGGUUAAAAAAUUAUUUUAACGCGUUCGCAUUAAACGCUUCUUACGAAACAUAUUAUUUCUUUUUUUAAUUUAUAGAACGCGAAGUAUCGAUUCGAGAAGGAAGUAUAACGAUGACCGGUGACGGCAAUUUAUUAUGUAGCAGGAAGUUUAGUUCGCUAAUGAAAAAUCUUAACCGAAGCGGAAAACUGAAAAUAAAGAGUACGCUCUGACGCAUGCACUCAGAUAAGUAUCUUCUUCAUUGUCGGUACAAAUACAAGUUUAUACGAUUAUCAGCGGAUAUUGCGGAAAUAUGGUAUGCCUUUGUAAAACUAUCCAAUGUACAAUGGUACGAGUAAAAAGGGUGAUGAGAGAAGAUGGUGAAGGACGGAGGAGAGGGAGUGAACAAGUUUUGUUUGUUGCUUUACUUUAUUAAUUAUAAGAUGGAGGCAUAGUUUCCUACAGCGUCCCACUUUGCAACACUUUCACUCUUCAACAGUUACGUUACAUCCAGCGCAGCAACGCAGCACCGAUGAGGAGCUCCCUCCCGGCAAGGGAACAACUAUCCUCUCGAUAACUGCUUAUUUGAAGAACUCAAACAGAGAAUCGGUAUCGUGUUUGACACGCGAUACUACUUCGAUUUCUACGAAACUCUCUGCUAAUAGAAAUUAUGCAAUCAUACGAUAUCUCCAUAUCCAUUUUCUCUGCCGACACGUAUAUGAUAAACUAAUCAUUGUCUUUGAUAUGUUUUAGAGAUUAUCUUUUUUAUUUCCUUUUUUCACUAUAUAUAUAUAUAUUUUUAUAAAGGCCAUAAACGACAAUCAUCCACGACGUUUAUAUCUUUUUUUUUAAAUACUUUAAUGGUUGUUUAUAUCCAGGAAAUAUAUUUCAUUCCUUUUACGUAAUAUAUAUAUAUAUAUAUAUAUAUAUAUAUAUAUAUACGUAUGUGUGUGUAUGUGUUUUGAUAUUGUCGAUAAUCAUCAUCCGUUGUAAAUGAAAAUCUUAAAAAAAUAUGAAGAUUCUCUUUCCAUCAUAUUCGAAACUCCUCGUAGUUAUUUGUACCUCUUACGGCAACGUAAGUGAAAGUUGCCAAGUGGGACACGCGUCUUGAAUCUUGACGGCACUUGAACGUUCGCCAAAUCCUUCUCGCUUAGUUUCUCUGCCGCCUGCGCGAACGUUGAUCUUUUGACAAAAUUAAUAAAGGCACACAUUUUACUCAGUCAAACCUCAACGAUGCCAAUCUUUCUCUGUCUCUGUCUAUCUUUUUCUCACUCUCUUUCUAAAUCUUGUUUAUUCUUUACGAUGACGUUAUUAGAUGAAACGAUUUCGUAAAGCAAUUAUUCAUUUUUCCAAAGAAAAUUAACCUCUCUCUCUCUCUCUCUCUCUCUCUCUCUGUCUGUCUCAUUAAAAGUAGAUACCUACUAAUAAACGACGUACAUACUUACAUGUCUGUAUGAUGAGAGAUACGCAAGAACGCGUGAGAAACAGAGUGAAGGAUCAUCGAUGAUUCUCGAGAGGUCGAUUUCGUAUACGUCUUACGCAAUAUACAAGAAGUUUCCAGUGCAGAAGCUUUUGCAACCGAAGUAUCUACUAGGUCAUCCCAUUUAACUGGUUUACUAGAUCUCAAAAGAUUUCAUAAGAAACAGCGAACACGAACGGCCGUUAAGAAAAAGAACAAUGCUCGCUCUUACACGCACUAGCCAGACAUGUCAUCGCCAACGAGUUAGCGUCCAACGAACGACCUUGAAGGCCUGGUAAUCAUUUGAAAGAAGAUACAAAUCUAACCCGAGCGCUAGCAUUCAGUUUUUGCGGAUUGAAAUCUCCCUUACCGGAUCAUCAUGUGGUCCCUCAAAUUGGUAAUAAUCCUGGCGACAAUCGUCUUCGUCACGAGUUAUGCCAAAGAGGAAACGACCAAGAAUCGAGACAAGAGACAACAGAUACCUUAUCAUGCUAGAAGGGGUGCUAGACCACCGCCUUAUGCCGUUCAAAUGGAACCAAUCGUUCAAUAUUCUCAACGAGAUCCUCUCUAUAAUCCUUUGAUAAAUUCGAAGAGCGACGAUCUUGGUAUAUACGAAGAGAAUCCAUCGAGUUAUUAUCAAUCGGAACCAGAGCCAAUUAUUGAGAUUAUCAUUAAAGAAUCCAACGAGUCUUUGCCAACUCCGGUACCACCUCCGACUCCACCGCCGUCGAGACCAACGAAAGAACCAAUACAAGUUUAUUACGUAAAGUAUGAAAAGAAAGGAGGCUAUGGAGAGAAAUCUCGAGUCGUCUACGAUCCACCCGUACGUGCUUUGACACCGGUAGAAGAACACGAAGAAAUCAAACCCAAGCAUCAUAAGGAAGAACCUAUUCAACCGGUAACUCCAUCACCUCCAGAACCAUCGACAACUUUAAGAGCUAUCAUUCGACCGGACAGCGAGACUUAUCAUUCCGGUGGUAGCGGAAUCCGUGUUACCUUUGGAACGGAACAAUUACCACCUAACAAUCAUAACAAACGUAAUGACAUUGAAGCUCCGGUUUCUACUCAAGUUACAAAACCUCAUUCUCUUGGUUCUGUUGCACCUGGUACACCUAAACGACAACAUGGUCCUUAUCAGCCUUUACAGCCUGUACAGCAAAGAGUACCACCUGCAUUUCCACAGCAAAGAGUCGUUAAUUCUUUUCAACCACCGCUAUCUUUAAUUCCACAACAACAGAUUCAACAGCAACAACAGCAGUUACCUUUAAAGUUUCUACCACAACGACAGCAACAAUUCCCACCUGCUUUAUCAGUGAGAAAUCAAUUGCAAAGACCACAGCAACCAUCGUUACCAAUUCAGGGUUUGCCUGAUCUAUCGCAACGAACACCGUCCACUGCUUUCGGUCCUCCUCAUCGUAUUAGUAUAAAUCAUCCUCAACAGCCAGGACUUCCACCGACGCUAUCGGUUUCUCAUCAAAGCGUGCAAUUACAAAAUCAACCGCUUGGACCUAUUCAACCUAAUUUCAACGUGGAACGAAAACAACCUCAGCAACAGCAACAACAACAACAACAACAACAGCAACAACCUCCGAUAUUUUCGCAACAAGAACAAGAGAAGCAACGAUAUCACGAACAGCGACGUCAGCAAGAGGCAUUGAAGCAACGCGAACAUCAACGGCAACGCGAACAGCAAAGACUUCAGGAACAUCGUAGACUCGUAGAACUACAGCGACAAUUCGAUCAACAGAGGCAUAUAGAACAGCAAAGACAAGUGGAACAACAACAGAGACAAGUGGAACAGCAAAGAUUGGCGGAUCAACAGAGACUCGUUGAACAACAGAGAUACGCGGAACAACAAAGAUUGACGGAACAACAGAGACUUGCGGAAGAACAGAGACUGGUGGAACAGCAGAGAUUGGCUGUUGAACAGCAAAGGCUACAGGAACGUCAAAGAUUGCAUGAACAGCAUCGAAUUCAGGAACAAAGAAGACGUAAACAAGAACACGAACAAAGACUCUUGCAAGAGCAACAAUAUCGUACAUCUUUGAAAUAUAAUCAGGCUAUUCCUCCGCAAGGUGGUAUUCCAGGUCAACCUCCAUUACCUAUUCAAAAGCCAGAAGGAGAAAUCUUUAAGGCCGUGCCAAAGUUGGAACAACAUUAUGCGAUCAGAGAGAAUCCGUUACAUCCAGGCCCGUUCCCACCGAAUCCAGUACAAUUAUCGUCUUUUCCAGAAAGUUCGUUGAAUCAGUACCAGGCAACGCAUCAGUUAAACACUUUACAAGAUUCCCGACAAAUCGUAGGAGGUCAAUCGAAUCGAAUUUUGAACGACGAAGUACCACGACAGUUACAACAACAAAUUGAAAAUCAACAAGUUCCCUCGAGUCAUCGACAUUUAACGUUUAACCCAGAUUCGCUAGGACAUCAACAGACGCAGCUAUCUUUGACACCAUCCAUAAACACUCAACAACAACAACAACAACAACAACAACAACAACAGCAACAUCGUCAAAGAGAGCAACAAUCUUUCUGGGGACGUUCACCCUCUCAAAACAACGAUAUACAAAAAUCCCAAACAAUUUACGCAACACCAGUUAGUAUCCCUUCUGAAUUCGGAUCACCUACCGGCAGGACAUCCUACAGGAAUACUCCAUUUUCUAGCAGUAGCACGACAACGACGACAACGACUACUACGACCACAACUACCACCGAAGCACCGACGACAACUACUCUAUCACCGAAAAACGAAGCGAAGAUCAAAGAGAACAUCGCAAAUUUACCGGACGAAGUACCAGACGAUAUAAGGGAACAACUUUUGAGUUCCGGUAUUUUGGGUAACGCUGACAUACAAAUACUUGAUUACGACAAGGUCGGUGGCAUACCAAUCGAGAAACUACCGCCCGAGGCAUUGGCAAAUUUCUACGGUGCUGGAGGUGCUUCCGCAGUGGCAGCGAGCGAGCCGAUACCGUCUAUCAUUAAAAAACCUGAGAUUUCAUUGUCCAACGAAGACAGCGUUUCUGCUGGUACCUCUCAAAGCGUUACUUCUUUAUCGAAAUACGAACCGCCUAAUAAGGAAAUGAUGGAGAGCACGAUCAUGGGAAGAACCAAGAUCGAGCAGGCCACUUUGAGGCCAGGUGGUGUAGAGAUGAAAGUAGUACGGUUCGAUCCAAGUACGGAGCAAGGCCGAGCAGUGGCCGAGCAACAUAUACGACCUGACGCGACCAGACUCGAACCGGUCACUAUAGGUCCGGAAAAUCACGACCAAUACAAUCGUUAUUUGCCGCUUAAAGUAAGCGGUGCUUCGUUUCCUAUACCAGAUGUACCCGAUCUAAAAGAUCGAAAAAUAACGAGCGUGGUCGUACUCGCGCCGGUUGAUUAUCGUUUUCAGGAAAAGGAUAAAGGUCUCGAAACUAGAGAGGACAGAAAGAUCGAUGACAUACAGGCUGUUAAAUUUUUAGCCGGCGAUACGCUCAAACAACUCGUUAAAAAGCCUACUCUAGAUAAUUAUAAAAAGUGGUUGGAACAGGAAACUCGUACCGAACCUCAAAGACAAUCUGUUGUAUUAUUAAUCACCAUGCCGUCCAAUGAUCAAAGUAAAAACGACAAGGAGAUAUUCAUGUACGAUGUCAAUUCGCAAUCGGUUAGCAAAAUGUCUGGGGAUUUAUCGACGGCCUUUGUCGAUGCUGCCGAAAGCAACUCCGACAGUACCGAUGAUUUUACUGGAUUUUAAACGAUCGAUCGUGAUUAAUCAUCUCUCUAACGAUUAUAUCAUUAUUUAACGUCUUUGAUUAGGAUCUAAUCUCGGAGUCUAAUCGAUUAAUAUCAUCGACCGCAUUGAGAUUUGUCAAUAUUUUUUGUACCUUCUAUUUCGUUCUUUUUCUUUUCUUUUUUCUCUUUUUAUUAUUAUUAUUAUUAUUAUUAUUAUUAUUAUUAUUAUUAUUAUUAUUAUUAUUAUUAUUAUUAUUAUUAUUAUUAUUCUCUACACGUAUCAUAUACAAUCGUAAUAACGUAUGUAUAUGUGCAUGUACAUAUGAGAGAGCAAGAGGGAACUAUCGAAUCGAGGAUGAUGAUUUCAUGCGGAUAACGAAGCAAAAGCGAAAGUCCUGUAAGCUAGAAAUAGAAAACGUAAGGAAAGUUUACACGUGAGGAAUACACGGCACCUAGCAACGGCCAUUUCUCGGAAUGACGAAUCACCAUGUCGAGAAAUAUAUGUUUAUUAAAAGGAAAAAAGGAAAAAAAAAAGAUCACACAAAAGAGAAACAAAACAAAAGAAGAAAAAAAAUCAAACACCCUCCCAAACAAAAAGAAAACAAAACAAAAAAAAACAGGGACACUGCAAGAUAUUUCACAUGGAAAAACACUGAUAAAACAACAUGGAAUAUGACAUGAGGAUGAUGAUGAUGAUGACGACUACGACGACGCUGAUGAUGAUGAUGAUGAUGAUGAUGAUGAUGAUGAUGAUGAUGAUGAUGAUGAUGAUGAUGAUGAUGAUGAUGAUGAUGAUGAUGAUGAUGAUGAUGAUGACGAUGAUGAGAGUACAUACUUCUUGUAGAUAUAUUAACGAUGUAUGAUUAUGUAUAUAACGCAGAUCUUUUUUUACAUUUUUAUACGAAAUAAACGCAAUCCUUUUGUACGUGGAUAUUGUUAACUUUCUGUGAAUUCUACGAAAGGAUCGAACGAAAGUGAGAUCUUCUCACGUGCGCACACAUUCAAACACCCACACAAGCACGCAUACAGACACACUACCACCAUUUCCCGUCCCACCUUCCCUCUCUCCCUUCCUCCUUCUUCUUCGAUAUAGGUGAAUGGAUUCAUUUGAAAUUCUAUGAAAUCGCAUAGGAAUAUUGCAAGCAAUUCACUUCUAUUUUCUACGAGUUCAACUCGUCUUGGCUCGUGAACUUGACGAAUAAAGAAAUAGGCUAUCUUCAUUAAACUUUCAUCGUUUCUACGUCGGAAUACACGUUACAUGAUUGAUAAAAAGAAUUUAUAAUAAUAAUAGUAAUAAUAAUAAUAAUAACGAUACUAAUAAUAAUAAUGAUAGUAAUAAUAAUAAUAAUAAUAAUAAUAAUAAUAAUAAUAAUAAUACAAUUAACAGAAUAGUAACAGUAAUAAAAAAAUCAUGAUAGAAAGUUUUAAUUUCUCACGCUUUUAAAAAUGCCAUGACGCUAGUCAAAUUGAAUGAAUCGAUACUUACGAAUGAAAUAUCGAUUGAGAUCGAGAUUGUGAUCUAUUGAAGAAAUUAUCAUAAUAAUAAUAAUAGUAAUAGUAAUAAGAAUAAUAAUAAUAAUAAUAAUACAAACUACAGUGCGUAGUAGUAAUAGUAGUAAUAGUAGUUGUAAUGUAGUAUUGUAGCAAUAAUAGUAAUAGUAUUAAAGUAGUAGUAAUAAUAGUAGUGGUAGUACUAGUAUUAAAAAAA